AUGCCCCACGCUCACUGCUUACUGCCUGCCUCACGAACAGAGGUCAAGACGGACGCUGCAGGUACGACCGACAUCAAGCCCACCGUCGAUGCAAAGUCGGUCGAGAAGGUCAAUCAGCCGGAGCAGCACCGCACGCCAGCAGACACCGCCACGACGAGUGCCUCUCAACCUGCCACAGUGGGCGCCUAUCCUACCGAACCUGCCAGACCGAUCCCAGACUGGUUCAAGAUUGGCUGGAACGAUCAGCUCGCACAGGAUGGCGAUGGCAUGCUCUCGCCCGUCGAGAUCAGACAGCGCAACCUGCUGUCUGACUUCUUGAACGAGAGCUUCUACGGCACCUACUUCCACAAUGCGGCCAUCAUCUUCUUUGCUGUCGCAGCCUCCCACUAUGCCACCGUCUUCGGCGGCGGCUGGGGAUGGCUCUUCAUCAUCCUCGCCUUUUGCGCGACGUACUACUCCAAUUCGAUCAGCCGGACGCGCCACAACGCUCGUGAUGAUAUCUCUCGGCAGAUCGCGAAGACGAGGCUCUUCACCGAGUUCGAGUCGGCAGGAUGGAUGAAUUCAUUCUUGCAACGUUUCUGGAUCAUUUACGAGCCUGUCCUCUCCGCCACUAUCGUUGCUUCGGUGGAUCAGGUCCUCAGCGUUUCAACGCCGGGCUUCCUGGACAGUCUUCGCAUGACGACCUUCACGCUAGGUACAAAGGCGCCUUAUAUCGAUCACGUUCGUACCUUUCCGGAUACGCCAGAGGACAUUGUCGUCAUGGAUUGGAAGGUCAACUUUACGCCAAACGAUGUUGACGAUCUCACCGUCAAAGCAGCGGCCAAUAAAGUCAAUCCAAAGAUUGUGUUGACGAUUCGAAUUGGCAAAGGCGUUGCCGGCGUCUCAAAAGACAUUGUCGUCGAGAACAUCAGCUUCACCGGCCUGCUCAGAAUCAGAAUCAAACUCAUCGCCAAUUUCCCACAUGCUCAGACGGUCGAUAUCAGCUUCAUGGAGCCUCCACACAUCGACUUUGUCCUCCGUCCCGUCGGUUUCGAUCUCAGCAUCAUACCUGGCUUGCAUAGCUUCAUCAUGAGCCAGCUCAACGCUACGCUCGGUCCCAUGAUGUAUGAUCCCAACGUAUUCACGCUCAACCUGGAGCAGAUGCUCUCUGGUCAGCCAGCCGAUGCUGCAAUCGGCGUCUUGCAGGUCACUGUGUUCCAGGGCAAAGGCCUCAAAGGAACCAAGGUCGGCGGCGGUACUCCUGAUCCCUACGUCAGCUUCUCGCUCAGUCAGCGGGCUGAAGUCGCGCGCACAAAGAUCAAGCACUCGACUGCUAAUCCCCACUGGAAUGAAACCAAGUUUCUGCUCAUCAAGUCACUCGCCGACAGCCUUACGCUCAGCGUUUUCGAUUACAAUGAACGUCGCAAAGACUCUGAGUUGGGCAUUGGCAACUUCGACCUCAAGUCGCUCGAGCAGGAUCCCGAGCAGGAAGCUGUCAGCGUGCCACUCUUCUCGGAAGGCAAGGAGCGCGGCCUGGUCACUGGCGAUGUCCGAUACUUCCCUGUGCUCAAAGCGAAGAAGUUGCAAGACGGUACAGAGGAGCCCAUACCCGAAACAAAGACGGGUAUCGUGCGCAUCAUGCUCAAUCAGGCUAAAGAGCUCGAUAAGUCAAAGACAACACUUGGCCAGCUCAAUCCAUAUGCCAAGAUAUUGCUCAAUGGCGUCGAGAUCAGUCGCAGCCAGCAGCUCAAGCGGACGAUCAACCCUAUCUGGGAGCACCCAGCUGAAGCACUGGUGACCGACAAAGGCUCCGCGAUGGUCACCGUCCAGGUCUGCGACGACCGUGGCUUUACAAAAGAUCCGAUCGUAGGCUAUGUCAACAUCAAACUUCAAGAGCUAAUGGCAGCCAACGCCAAGAGCAACGACUGGUUCCCGCUGAACGGCUGCGCAAGCGGUCGAGCUCGCUUCAGCGCUGCUUGGAAGCCCGUCAUGAUGGCUGGCGCAGUCAGUGGCGCGGGCGGCUACACGAGGCCACUUGGUGUCCUCCGUUUCCAUUUCCAAAACGGUAAAGACCUCAAGAAUGUCGAAGCGCUCACAGGCGGUAAGAGCGAUCCGUACAUGCGCAUUCUGCACUCGGGUAUCAUCGUCGCCAGAACGAUGGUCGUCAACAAUAACCUCAAUCCCGAAUGGGAUGAGAUCGUUUACGUGCCCAUCCACUCCGAAAAGGACAAACUCGUGCUGGAAUGUAUGGACUAUGAGCACAAUGGCAAGGACAGGACGCUAGGUCAGACUGAUCUCGAUGUCGCCUCGUUGCUCGAAGAAGGUAGAGACACGAAGCGCGCCCCUUGGCUGUCAAAGGGCAAGCUUGACCGUAACUCGCCGCUAGCGACGAACAAUCGUAAGACAAUAAAGGGUAGCGUCAGCUACACAGUCCAAUUUUUCCCCUGCGCAAACAUCCCUGUCAGUUUCGAGGCGGUUGAGAACGCAGUCGAUAAGAUAAAGGCUGCCGAUCAGGACGACAAUGCAUCUGUCAUUGAAGGUCCAGCAUCGACUACAAUCACUCCGAAUGCAUCAACAAGGGACCUUGCAAAGGUAGCCAAGGGUGCGAUACAGCCCGCUCCGGAUGCCGAAGCAGCUAUUAAGAACGGUAUCGUCGAAGACUCGACCAUAGGUACAGCCGACAAAGACUCAAAGGCAAGGGACCAUGUCGAGAUGUCGCGCGAUGAGAUACUGUCUGCACCCUCCGGUGUCGUCGUCUUCAGCAUCAUCGGCGGACAAUUAGCCAGGAAAGGCGCUCGACUAGAGAUUGCAUGCGAUGACGCCUAUUGGCCGGCCUACUCGACAGAGCCCGCAAGAACGACUAACGUCACCUGGGACGAAGUCGGCGAGGCUUUCAUUCGGGAGCGCGAGUUCUCCCGCGUCAUUCUCAAGCUCAACACUGCUGAGAAAGAUACCAAUGACGAUACAUAUGCACAGUUUAGCGGCGACAUGGAUACUUUCCUUGGCGAUUGCCUGGACAAGCCACACGACUUUGUCUUGACUGGUCCCAACGGCGCAUUCCGCAGCACGGUCACCAUUCAAGCUCGAUAUGUGCCAGUCGCAAUCCAGAUCGAGCCUCGUGAGAGCGUCAACAAUUGUGGCGUCCUACGUGUCGACGUCCUCGACGGCCGAGAUCUGCCUGCAGCCGACCGCAAUGGAAAGUCCGAUCCAUACGUCAAGUUCACUCUCAACGGCGAAGAUGUAUUCAAGAGUCAGAUCAAGAAGAAAACGCUUUCACCGAAAUGGGACGAGGACUUUACGGUGAACGUGCAAAGUAGAGUCGCGGCAGACUUUGUGCUCAAAUGCUACGAUUGGGACAUGGGCAACGCUGACGAUAAGCUCGGUCAAGCGAAAGUUGAUCUGGCCAGCCUUGAACCAUUUCAACCAUCUCAAGUCACAAUCGAUCUUGCAGAUCCGAAGACCGGCAAGCGACAAGGCCACAUCCGCUUGCGUUUGCUCUUCCGACCCGAAUUUGUCGCUCGAUCAAGAGCGGCGACUUCGACCUUUGUCGGCGGUGCUGGACGUGUCAUGACGGCCACAGGCGGAGGCGUGCUUGGCGUUGGCGCAGGCGUUGCGAAAGGCGGCGGUUCAGUCGUGAAAGGCGUUGGCGGUGGAGUUUUCUCAGGUGCACGCAAGGUAGUGGGCAUCAAGCGAAAGAACAAAGACGGUACGAUCGUGACCGAAGAUGGCGCUGUGCUCGAUCCGACCCAAGCUCAAGCUGCUGGCCUCGAGCUGUCCGAUGCAACCACACGUCAGGGCAGUCUACGCCUGACCAUCAAUUCCGUACACGGUCUCUCGGAAGCCGACGUAAAGCCCUACGUCAUCAUUCGCAAGGAUGGCAAAGUGUACGAGAAGUCGGCUGCGGUCAAACACAGCGGCACAGAAGCAACCUUCAAAGAGGAGCCUGUGACGAUUGCGACAUCUGCCAAUGGACCCUGCUAUGUCGAACUGGUCUUGCUCGACAAGCAUACGUUCAAAGACCGCCAGGUCGGACAGGCUACUGUUGACAUAUGGCAGCAUCUUCAACCCAUGGCAGACGGCGUCCGUGCCGAUGUCUCUAUACCCACCGAAUUAGGCGCCAUCUUCGAGAUGUCUCUCGACUGGUCGCCCUCUGCCGGCCUUGGUGAUUCUGUUCGAGAGGGAUCUGUCACACCCGCCUCGAUCAAGAGCCGCAGCAGGAUCGGCUCGCCGUUUGUCCGACGGUCGUAA